UUGGCUCAGGGCGUCGCGUUGCUGUCGCAGCAUAGACUGGGCUGCCACGCAGUUGCCAUGGCCCUCCGUCUCGGCCGCCGCCUUCUUUCAGCGCCCUCAAUCAAGGACUACGCCACCUAUGAGGCCAUGAAGACGUCCAAGGUGCCAAUGAUGGUGGGCUUCUACACUGGCCAUUUCAGCCUGGCCUCCAAGAUGUACUCCGAACAAUUUGAGGCUAUGGCUGCGUCGUAUCCCAAGGCGAAGUUCUACAAGUGCGACGUCGACGACGUGCCUCUCGCCGCCUACGACUCUGAGGUUGUGGACGUCCCAAGCGUCGUUAUAAUGCCUCUGGGCCUUAAACCCGAUGGCUCCCCGUACGACAAGACGGACAUGGUCGUGGUGUCCCCGGAGCUAGGCCGCUACGAUCAGGUAGUCUCACGUGCGAAGGCCGCGUUGGACGGAAUCACCGUGAUCGAGGAUGAGUCGGAACCGCAGCCGUGGCAGUUCGACCCAGCCACAGGUACCACGUUGCCGCCGCACAAGUGAGGGGCACACGGGAGAUACGCGAUCGGUUGCGCGACCGGGAUCUUGUUUAGUAUCGUCAGUCGCUUGCAAUUCCCC